UGUAGAGAUUAAGAGAUUGAGAGGAAAUAUGAAGCCUUGUGUUAUAAAUAGCUGCCCGUUGCUGCUUUGAGAGUGAAGAUCACUUUUGAUGGAGAUGGCGAAAAACAGAGAGUGCAUCCUCUGUGAAACAGUCAACUUCACCAAGCAGGAGGUGGACGAGCACAUGAGGAGUAUGCUGCAUCACCGCGAGCUGGAGAAGCUCAAAGGCCGGGACUGCGGACACGAGUGCAGAGUGUGCAAGGUAACCGUGGCGAGCCUGACUGAUUAUGCCGGCCACAUUUCCAGUCCCACGCACAAGAAGAACGUGGAGGCCGCCGAUCAAAAGCACAGCGGGCACGACCACGACGAGGACUACUGCGACCAGGCUUUGGUGGACCUGAUCGAGAAGAGAAAAGAACACAUCAGAAAAGAAAAGGAAACUGCUGCUGUAAAACUGGCAAAGGAAGAAGAGGAUCAGAGGAGAAAGGAGGAGUUUCAGCAACGGUUAAAAGAAUGUAAGGAGCGUUACCGGCAGGAGUGUGCCUGGAAGCAGCAAACACAGGGGUUCAAAGGAUCCGGGCAAAACAAAACCUGGUAUGGGGGCAACCAAUACAGUGCCUACACACAACAGGAUGCACAACCCUGGCAGCACGGCGCUCAGGGAAAGAGCGCCACCUGGCAUGCUCAGGAGCCUCCCAACUUUCAGAGAUGGGCUUCUGGACAGUUUGCUGGUGGGAACUUGCAUUGCCUGGACGGUUUUGGAAACAAGCAGUGGGAUCAGGGUUCAUAUUUAGGAAAUCAACAACGAAGUCGACUGCCUUGGCUUAGCAACGGAGGCAGCAGUAACGGGGUCUACGGUCGAAACAACAUUUCCCAGAACCCACAAAGGAACCGACCCCCGAACUUUCUCGAGCCCUUUCCGAUGUAUCCCCCUCCACUCACUUUCUUUCCCCGGGCUAACCAGUUUCAAAAUUCAUUCAAUGAGCAGGGAGGUCAGCAGGUGGAUGGGUUCCAGAACGGUCAGGGGCAAAAAGCCGAACCUGACCACAACCCUAGUAAGAGCUCGAAGACCUUUGGUAGCAAUCCAAAGCUGGACAAAGCCUGUCGCUGGUCCCCCUAUCCAGUCACAAAGGGUUUAGAAUCUGCACCCCAUAAGGACACCAACCCAAACCCAUCAGAGCAGUACACCAAAGUCCCCAAACCCCAGACACAAGACAAGGCCCGGGCAACCAGUGCCUUAAACAGACAAUCCCGACCUGAACAGAAAUCGGGGCAGUUGACCCCGAGUGCACAAAGUGCGGAAGAGAAAGGAAAGAAGAAAAAGAAACCCCAAAACAAAUCCAGAGAUAGUAGUAACAGCAGCGGCAGAAGCAGCGGCAGAAGCAGCGGUAGUGCCCAGGGAGAUGGCCAACCGAACGCCACGUCCGAUCCGUCCAAUCAGAAGGCAAGCAAGCCAUUGCCGCCUAAAGAGAGGAAGAUGUCCUCGCUUCCUGUUCUCAACGGUGCAGCGCCAGUCGGCAAGGCCUCCAGUCCAGCGAACGCCCAAUCCAAACCGGCUGCGAAGCAGAGCGGAGUCGGUUCUCCGGCUCCGCUCGUCGGGCCCCUUCAGUCCAGGCAAGAACGGCAGCUCCCAGAGACGCUCAAGAAAGCCAAACAGAUUGUGUUGGAGAAGAGGGGCUCCCUGGAAAGCUCCAGAAACAACCAGAUGGAAGCGACACUGCAGAUCGCGGAGGAGCAGCAGAAGGACCGCGUGCAGAUCCCGGUGGGCGUGAACCAAGAGAACAGGCAGAGCGCAGCCAAACCGAACCCGCCGGACGCCAUCGGGCCAGAGAAGCCUGCGGCACAACCUUCAGACAGCAGCCAGUUCCUCCAAUCGUUGCAAGUCAGCACCUCGACCGCGGAGAGCUCGGAGCCCGCGGCCUCGAGCCGGGACGACGAGGAGGAGGAGGAGGCGAGCGGGAGGCGAGCGGAGAAGGAGGCGAGCCCGGUGGCCCCGCCGGACGAAGCCACGCAGGCCGCCGACGCCGGGCAGAGCUCCGAGAGCGACUCCUCCAGGAGCAGCGAAGCUCAGACGGCGUCGGGUCCAAACGCCUCCAGUCUGUCGGCGCUCGACCUGCCUCCCGUCUUGAAACGCGACCUGACCAAACACGUGGGCUCCAAGAGCAAAGCCGGCGGCCACGAGCCCAACCUGAACAUCGCCAGACGGGUGAGGAACCUGAGCGAGUCGCGGCGGAGCGACACGGAGAAGGACUCCGGCCUCAAACCCACCGUGCGUCAGCUCCUCAGCGCCUCCGGGUCUCGGCGCAACGUGAACUGGGAUCAGGUGUAUCAGGAGGUCCGGAGGAAGCAAGACAAAGGGAAAGGCAUGCCCAGGUUUGGCAUCGAGAUGGUGCCGAUGGACCAGGAGGAGGACGCCAUUCCCCUGCUCGAAGGCUUCCAGUGGGAGACGUUGGUGGACAUGCCCACCUCCCGAAAACGCUCCUUAUCCGAGAGCAGCGUCGCCCAGCCCCCCGCUCACUCCCUGUUUACGUCCCUCGUGUCAAACGAGACCGACAAGAGAGACGCCCUCGGCUCCGAGAGGCAGGGCGCCUCCGUUUCUCCCCAUCCCAUAUUCGCUCAAGGGAACAAAGACAGUCGGCAGAAGAAGACGGUGGAGCGGAUGCUCGACCGGUUUGAGGCCAGAGCGCAGAAGCAGCCGGACGAGCUGACGUCCGCUGCGGCGAAGGCCCUCCGGCGGUCGGACUCGGUGCUCGGGGACAGCAGUUCGGGGACGGAGUUGUGCGACGGCCAGGGAACAGGAAAGAGGCGAAGAGCAGCGAGGGACGUUCCCAGCGCGGAGACGUCUUCCUUGGAGCACAACAGCAAAAGAAGGAAAGUCAAAUCUAAAAAAGAGCGUUUACAGAUCGACCAGCUGCUGGCGGUGUCUCUGCAGGAGGAGGAGCUGAGUCGCUCCCUGCAGACGGUGGACGCCGGCCUGAUCCAGGCCCGCACCGCACUGGAGGCCGCCUUCAUGGAGGUGCAGCGUCUCAUGGUGGUCAAACAGCAGGUGACUGGAGAGAUGAGCACACUCAGAAACAAGCGCAUUGACUUACUUAAAAGCAUGCAAGGUCAUUUAGAGGUCCCGAAUGAAGUCCCGAAGGUCAAACUAAAACAGGAAAAGAUGGAUCCGGUAGCAGCUGAACCCCACGUGCCGCCCCCCGCGCCGCUCCCCUCGAGUCCUGCCGGCGAGCCCGCCUCCCCCCCCCCCUCCGGCCCUCCCUUCACGCCUGUAGCCAUCAAGCAGGAGCCUCAGUCUCCCGUCCGUGUCUGGUCGGAGCCGGACCCGGUGGACCACGUGACCCCCUGUGCUCACAGCACAACUCCAGAGCUGCGCGGCGCUUCUGCCGCAGCCUCGUCACCAGAUCCUGCCCUUAACUUGAAGCCGUCCCCCGAAACAAAACGGCCCGAGUCGUACGCGGAGCACAGUCGGGAGAACGUUAACGACGCCGCAGACUGCAAAGCGAGCGCAUCGGGUCCGGCUGUCACCCUGGAGAAGGUCUCGCAGGCGUCCAACAACUUCCUCGCCCCUUCGGGCGACUCCAAAAUCUCCAUCGCUCUUCUCCCGGCCAGCAGGGCGAGCCCCGAGGCGGGCGGCGGCGCCGUCGACUGCGCAGCCUCGCACGCCUUCGAGCCCCCCGCUCUCCUCGAUCUGCCCGCCUCUCCCUCCGAGCUGAGGGGCGGAAAGCGCGUACGGAAGCUGAAGAAGAGGAAGGUGCUGAAGAAGGCCCCGGGGCCGGAGCAGCUCGAGAGCAGCGACACGGAGAUGGACGGCGACGCCUCGCGGCCGAGGUGGCUGCGGCCGCGCCGGAGACCGAGCGGCAGCUCCGUGGUCAGCACCUCCACGCGGCCCUCGGAGGACAGGGAGGGAGACGGGAGCAUGGAGCUGGGCGAGGAGACCUCCGCGCCGAAGAAAGAAAACCCCGAGUCCCCCGAACACGAGCCGGAGCCUCCCCAAACGGCCCCCGCCGAACUCGCCGUGAACUUGGAUUCUGAAGAAAGCAUGGAGGUCACCGCCGCCUGUCCGCAGCCCCGCGCGGACCACCCGGUUCCGGCGUCCUCUCCGGUCCAGAUCCCAGACUCCUCCAGGCCGGCGCCGCAGAGCCUGGCCUGCAACAAGGUCUCCUCCACCAGCGACAUGGACGUGUGUCGGUCCUCCGAGAGUGACCUGCCGUUCGCCGACACAUUGCCCAAGAUAACCAAGAUCUCAUCGGAUGCCUCCUCUGACCACGGGCAGGAUGAUCUGCCCACCGAGGGCGUGUUUGAGGGUCACCGGGAGGCGGUGAACGCCGUGCAGAUCUACAACGGGCUGCUGUACACGUGCUCCGGAGACCGCACCGCCAAAGCCUUCGACCUGGUGACUCAUAAAUGUGUCGGCGUGUUCGAGGGCCACACCUCCAAAGUGAGCUGCCUGCUGGUGUCCGUGGCGCCCAGUCUGCAUCGCCGCCUGUAUUCUGGCUCCAGUGACCAGACCAUCUGCUGCUACAGCCUCAAGACACGAGAACUCGAGCAGCAGUUCUUCCUCUCGGACCGAGUCCUCUGCCUUUACAGCCGAUGGAAGAUUUUAUACGCCGGCCUGGCAAACGGCACCGUGGUGACCUUCAACCUCAAGACCAACAAGCAGAUGGACGUGUUCGAGUGCCACGGGCCGCGCGCCGUGAGCUGCCUGGCGUCGGCUCAGAAGGGCGCCCGCAAGAUCCUGCUGGUCGGCUCCUUCGACAGCACCAUCAGCGUGAGGGACGCCAAGAGCGGCCUGCUGCUGCGCACGCUGGAGGGUCACACCAAGGCCGUGCUCUGCAUUAAGGUGGUCAACGACCUGGUGUUCAGUGGCUCCAGUGAUCAGUGUGUCUACGCACACAACAUCCACACGGGAGAGCUGGUGCGAGUCUACAAGGGCCACAGUCACGCCGUCACGGUGGUGUCCGUCCUGGGGAAGGUGAUGGUGACCGCCUGUCUGGACAAACUGGUGCGCGUCUACGAUCUCCAGUCUCACAACCAGCUGCAGCUGUACGGCGGACACAAGGACAUGGUGAUGUGCAUGGCGAUCCAGAAGAACAUGAUCUACACGGGUUGCUACGACGGCAGCGUGCAGGCCGUCCAGCUGAACCUGACGCAGAGCCACCGCUGCUGGUGGCACGGCUGUCCGCUGGUGUUCGGGGUGACGGAGCAUCUGCAGCAGCACCUGCUCAACGACCACGUCGGCAGCAACUCGCAGGUGCUCAAGUGCCGCUGGAAAAACUGCGACGAGUUCCUCUGCGCGCGCAGCGGCUCCAAGCAGGGGAUGCAGGCGCACAUGCAGAAACACGGCGAGGAGGAGACUCAGCUGGAGCCUUAAGGGAAGCCCCGCCCCCCAACCCCCGCCAUCUUUAACCUCCCAUAUUGGGGGGGGGAUGUUUUUGGGACCCACUUGACUUCGCCCGACGAGUGGCGUCCGACGACUCCACCCUUUAUGCUCGGUGUUGGAAUCCAACUUUAUACAACCACGUGGAGAGGGUUGGUGGUGCUGCUGGUUUUUAAAGUCUCUUU